UUCUCCUUCAACCCUAGACAGAUUUGUUACUGGAAAACCUUCGCCUUCAGUUCCUUCGAUAGGUCUUCGGAGCUUGCCAAUCCCUAAUCCUUAGUUCUUAUCUGCAGUUCUUGUCUGGAGCUGUAAGGGAGCAGCCAUGGCGGUGUCGGAGAACAACCAGGGUUCUUCGGCGGAUCAAGAGAUGAAGAGAAAGAGGAAGAGAAAUCGGAACAGAGGAAAGAAGCAGGAAGAGCAAAGCGUGGAAGAAGAAUCGCGCAAUGAGAACAGUAUCAACGAGGAAGAGGAACAAGGAGGAGGAGAGGAGAAUCCGAAGAAGAAGAAAAAGAAGGAUAAGAAAGUGAAGUUGGAGGGUAGAAAUAAAGGUACGGAAGAGGAAGAGGAAGAGACUGAAACUAAGGAAGAAGGAGAAGAAGAGAAGAAACUGUCAAUUGUCGGGAGGGGAAUCAUGACCAAUGAAACCUUUGAAUCUCUCGAAUUGUCUGAACAUACAUUUGAAGCUAUCAAGGAGAUGGGUUUUCAGUACAUGACACAGAUUCAAGCGAGGUCCAUUCGACCGCUUUUGGAGGGAAAAGACGUUCUUGGUGCUGCCAGGACUGGUUCUGGUAAAACCCUAGCUUUUCUCAUUCCUUCAGUAGAGUUGCUACUCAAGGAACGCUUCUCUCCACACAACGGGACCGGUGUUAUUGUAAUUUGCCCGACAAGGGAGCUCGCCAUUCAGACUCUUGGCGUAGCAAAGGAACUUCUCAAGCACCAUUCACUAACUGUCGACAUGGUUAUUGGCGGUAAUAACAGAAGGUCCGAGGCAGAACGCAUUGUGAAGGGUGCAAAUUUGUUGAUAGCAACGCCUGGGCGUCUUCUUGACCAUCUUCAACAUACAAAACGAUUCAUUUUUAGACACCUAAAGUGCCUUGUGAUCGACGAAGCCGAUAGGAUAUUGGAAGAGAACUUUGAGGAAGACAUGAAUAAGAUACUCAAGAUUUUACCAAAGACUAGACAAACUGCGUUAUUUUCUGCCACCCAAACAUCUAAGGUUCAAGAUCUAGCUCGGGUAUCACUGACCUCUCCUGUUCAUAUUGAUGUGGAUGAUGGUAGACAUAAGGUGACAAAUGAAGGAUUGGAACAAGGUUAUUGCGUUGUGCCCAGCUCGAAAAAACUCAUCCUCCUAAUUUCCUUCUUGAAGAAGUACCCAAAGAAGAAAAUCAUGGUCUUCUUCUCUACAUGCAAGUCGGUCCAAUUUCAUGCUGAAAUCAUGAGAGUAAUUAAGGUGGAUUGCCUCGAUAUUCAUGGAGGUCUUGAUCAGAAGAGAAGAACUAAAACCUUUUUCGACUUCAUGCAUAUGGAGAAGGGUGUCUUGUUGUGUACUGAUGUUGCAGCUCGUGGUCUCGAUAUUCCUUCUGUGGACUGGAUUGUGCAGUAUGACCCUCCGGAUAACCCGAGGGAAUAUAUCCACAGGGUUGGCCGAACAGCUCGUGGAGAAGGAGGAAAGGGGAAUGCAUUGCUCGUCUUGAUCCCGGAAGAGCUACAGUUCAUUCGGUAUCUAAAGGCUGCAAAAGUGCCUGUAAAGGAGCUCGAUUUCAACGAGAAGAAGCUGUUGAAUGUGCAAUCUCUUCUGGAGAAAUGUGUGAUCAAGUCCUUUGAUCUCAACAAGUUAGCCAAAGAGGCGUAUCGAGCUUAUAUUUCAGCUUACAAUUCGCACUCGUUGAAAGACAUUUUUAACGUCCACCGACUUGACCUCCAGGCGGUGGCGGCAUCAUUCUGCUUCUCUUCGCCUCCAAAGGUGAGUCUGAACAUCAACAGCGGAGCUGCCAAGGCGAGGAAGUCUGGUAAGAAAGGACGCAACAGCUUCAGCUUCUCCAACCCCUACGGCUCCGCCUCCGCCUCCGCCUCCGCCUCCGCCUGAAAAUCAUCGAUUUGUCCCCAUAUUCACGAUUUUGCCAUCGUCCUUUUUUUUAUUUGGGUUUGUCUGAGUGAGUGUACCCUGUCUCUUUUACGUCUUAUAGAUGCUAUUUAAUCAGAUUGUUCAAGUUACUUAACCGGCACAUAACCGGACCAUA